UAUGCCAUUCAACCGAAUGCCAGUUUCAGUCUGUGACUAAAGCUCGUUGGCUGCGCAUCUCUCAGCUGAUUAUAUAAAUACACAUUGAGAAAAGCUAUCGCCGCUUCAUAUCCCAAAAAUUCAAAUAUAAUACACACGCCGAGAACGUGAGCAAUUCGAAUUGAAACAUUGUCGUCUUUUUUUUGGGGGAUCACACGCACACAUCAACCAACCGUCAAACCAAUUUACGGGACCGAAUAAUAAUUUUUGUUCGUUUUUCUGCCGUAUUUUUGUUUUCGAAAUCAUUUGUGCUAACGAACAUUUGGAACAACGGAACAAUAAUAUAAUCGCGAACCGAAACACUUCCGUUGCCGAAUCGCGCGCGUGUUGAAUAUUUUCUUCGGUUGUGUUUUUUUCCGUUGCGCCAAACCAUUGAAACGCCGAAAGACAGAUUUCGAAACACGAACACAGAGCGAGAGAGAGAAAGUGAAAAACCAUUUAAUUUGUGUUGUUAUUUUUUGAAUGUGUUGUUUGUGCUCGCGCUUAUUUUCAUUGUAAUUCAUAGAGUACACACAUAUUUUUUAUUUGUCUAUAAUUUUCUCUGGAGUACGGCGCGACAGCUGGCAAUUUUUGAAUUGGUACGCAUAAAAUUUUCGAAAAUAAAAGCAAAACGAUAGAGACAUAGACGAAGGGUGCAGGUGUAGCAACAAUAACAACUGAAAACAACUGAAAGCAAAUAAAAACAAAUAAAUUAAAAUUAAAGAGCGUGAAGUUUAGCAAACAAAUUCGCGAAAAAAAUUGACGAAGACGACGACUAGGAAAGACAACGACACACACACCGACAAAAUCGAAACCGAAGAAGAAGAAGUUGGUGGGAAAUUUUCAUCGGAAAGCACACGAGUAUUUGAUGAAAUUUCAGCGAAUAAUAUUCGAUCGGCUCGAAUUCAGCCAAGUGCCGCAAAACGCGUAUUACAAAUAAUAUUACAACCAUUAAAACGGAACAGAACGUUUCAAAUACAAACAAAAAAAUAAAAAUAAAAAUAAAAAAUUCCAAAAAGAAAACACAAACAAAAAACAAUCUCCAAAAUGAAUGUGAAAAUGCGUCAAACGGUUUGCGGUUUUUUACUCAUAAUUUUAUUAACGAAUACACAAAAUUGCGGCGUGCAAGCCGAUGACAAAACAAUUAACAGAUUACUUAAUAAUCAAGCCAUCGUCAGUCGGCAAAUUAUGUGUGUUUUAGAAAAAAGCCCAUGCGACCAAUUAGGUCGGCAGCUGAAAGCUGCUCUCCCCGAAGUCAUAUUGCGAAAUUGUCGCAAUUGUUCGCCGCAGCAGGCGCAAAAUGCUCAGAAGUUGACAAAUUUCCUGCAGACGCGUUAUCCCGAUGUUUGGGCGAUGUUGAUUCGGAAAUACCGUGGUGUCUAAAUUGCGGAUGGAAAUCUUCAUGCAAAUAUUAACAAACACCAUCUCUCCAGCAUCUAAGCACACAAUCAGUCAGCAAACCAACCAACCAACCAGCCAGCCGCAUUGAAUGCAAUUGUUGUUUUGUACACUGAUUUGUCACAACAUUUCCAAAGCAUUCCAAAGCAACCCGCAUUUCCGGAAAUCCUAUCGCACGCAAUAUUUUUGCGCAUCAGUUAUUAUUAUCAUGCCAUUUGCAAAACGCAUAUGAACCAACAUUAUAAAUCUAUCUAUUUACAAUGCCAAUUUAAUCUAAACUGAUUCUAACACACCCACAAUGGUAUAUUUAUGCGAACAAAAAAGAGGAAAUAUCGUAAAACAGAUGCAUUCGUUGAAUGUAUCAAUAUGAACAUCUUAUCCGAUACAAUUUGAAAUCAAUAAGAUAUUUAUUCCAGAAAAAGAUAAAUAAAUAAAUAAAACACAAAAAUUUAUGCUAUGCUAUGCUAUGUAUGCGUUAUUGAUUCGUUUCCAGUUGAAAUUUAUGUCGUAAGAUAACAACAACAACAACAAAAAUUAACACACAGACACAUCAUAUAAUGCACACGGUAACACAAACAUAUUCCAACAAUUCAUACAAUCAAAAACACAUACAGUGGAAUAAAAACAAACAAACAAAAUUAUUCGCAAAUAUAAAUGAGUAUCCGUAAGUUGAUUCAAAAAUUUAAUGAAUAAAGUAGAGAGUACUAGUAUAUCUAAUGCAAUAAAAUUUAAAA